AUGAAACCAUUUACGAUUCAGAACUUUUCAAACACUUCAACGAAGAAGCAGCCUAUUUCACCUGUUGAGAAGUAUUCGCGACCGCCACAUCUUGGCAGUUAUCCUCGCAAUCCAGCCCAGGCUUACUAUCCGGCUCUAAGCUCUGCCCCAAUGCUUGAGGACUAUAUGGAUCACGGCACGAUGAAAAUUGGCGAGAAAAGUACGCCACCACCUCCACUCGAUCAACCAGCACGGCACAGUCCAACCGAUGUCUAA